CCCCCCCGGGGUAUUUCCGCCGCUCCGGGGCCGGAUGCGGAGCCGGGGCGGGCCCGGUGCUGGGGCGGUGGGGGGGGGGCGGAAGCGGCGCUACAAGAGCCCCACGGCGAGGGCGGCCCCAGCGCACUCCGGUCCCGGCGGCGCCAUGGAGGAGGCGCAGCGGCUGCUGACGGUGUCCGUGUGGAAGCUCUACCGGUGCCGGCUGCAGCGCGGCGGCCUCCGCCUCCACCAGAGCCUCCAGCUCUCGCUGCUCGUCCGCGCUGCCCGGCACCGGUACUUGACCGCCCGCGCCGCCGAACUGGGACCCACGGCGGGGAACCCCCUGGGGAUGGCUCCCGGGGACCCGCACGGGGGAGACCCCCCGAGACGACCGAGCCCGGACCUCCGCUGCCCCCGGGACCGGGAGGACCCAGCGAGCCCGGACCCCCACAGCCCCAGGGACCGGGAGGACCCAGCGAGCCCGGACUCCCGCGGCCCCCGGGACCGGGAGGACCCAGCGAGCCCGGACCCCCACAGCCCCAGGGACCGGGAGGACCCAGCGAGCCCGGACCCCCGCGGCCCCCGGGACCGGGAGGACCCAGCGAGCCCGGACCCCCGCGGCCCCCGGUACCGGGAGGACCCAGCGAGCCCGAACCCCCGCGGCCCCCGGUACCGGGAGGACCCAGCGAGCCCGGACCCCCGCGGCCCCCGGUACCGGGAGGACCCAGAAAGCCCGGACCCCCGCGGCUCCCAGGAGCAGUACCGGGACCACCCCCAGGCCUCCCCGAGCCGGUACUGCGCUCAGCCGAGUUCUCCGAGGCCGCCAGCGCCUCCCCGGGACCCUCCGAGUGCUCCCUGCUCCUCGCCGCCGCCUGAGCCCGGUUCCCCCGGAGCUGCUCCGGUCGCACGGGUCGGGCGCAAACGGCGGAGCAGCGGCUCAGGCGGUGCCGGGCCGGUGCUGAGUAAACGGGCGCGGUUGGAGGCGGAGGAGCCGCCGCUCGCUCCGGGGCCCCCCGGUCGGUGCUCGGGGAUGCCCGCAGCCGCUUUCGCCUUCCUGGUCCGCGCCGUCGGGGCGUGCUGAGCCCCCGCUGCGGACACUCGGACUCUCGUGGCUCCCGGUGGGCUUCCACCCCCGGUAACGCCUCUGCCCACGGCCGUGCCGUGCUGGAGGGGGAUUCCAGGCUGGUCCUGCCCCCCCCUCCCCGAAUUGUGUUUAAUUACUAUUUUGUUAAUUAAAUAAAGUGGUUUCUGUGCA